AUGUCACAAGUUCAAGUUGCUGCAAACGUUGUAAAAAAUGGAACAAGACCAUUACUUCCAUCAAGUGCUCCUCCAAAAAUUGCAAAGAUGAUCAAGUUUUGUUGGGACGCUGAUCCGCAAAGAAGGCCAACAAUGGAUUCAAUUGCAAAAGCAAUUGCAUCAGGAGGAGUUGUUUUCCCAGGAACGAACAUGUCUGAUGUCUUGUCUUAUCUCGGUCGAUUUUCGGAAGAUCCUAUCGUAGCUGAAAUUCAAAAAUUUAAAGAAUCUCAAAUCUCGAAAACAGGAAGUGUUUCAAAUCUUCCAAAGAUUUCACCUAGACAAGAUUCGAUAUCAAAUGCACAGCAUUCAUUGGUUAGAGGUCAACGAUCUCAGUCAAUCAGUCUGAUUCAAUCUCCAGUAAAGAGAAGGCAAUCUUACGAUCCACAAAAUGAAGCAAGUAUUUUGGCAUUAGUUGAAUCUCAAAAUGCUAAUCAAGCAUUGAUUCCAGGUUUCAUGAUCUUACUCAAAGGAAAAGAGUAUGCAAAUGCAGUUUUAGAAAUUGCAAGAAUGUGCGUUCAUGAUGAAUGGUGUGAAACAAUCAAGAACUCAGAAAUUCCUUUAAUGUUAUCUGAAAUACUCACCAGAACUGAUUCACUCUUAAUGGUUGAAAAGAUCUAUUCUAUUUUCUGUAGAUUUAUUUCUACAGGUUUUAAUGUACCUGCGAUUUAUCAUUCAAUUUUCUCUUCAUUCCAAAAAUUGGGAAGCACUUCAUUGACUGAUAUUUUGGUAUUAAUUCGUUCAGCACUAGAAAAUGGCAUCGAACCUCCAGCAUCAGGUGUUUUCAUGUAUAAAUUAGCAGCUUUUCUUCAAGCCAGUAACAUGAAUCUCAGAAAACAAGCUGCGAAAAUAUUUCUUGAAAUGAUUCAAAAAGCCUCAUAUAUUUUUCAUUUUGCUGUAGCAAUUGAUCCAGCAAUUAGCAAUAUGAUUCCAGGAGGAGAGAUUUUAACAGAAGUGCUUCAAAUAAUUAAGAUUUUAAUCGAAAAAGGAAGUUUGGAAAAGGAUUUCUUGAAUGCCAAUGGAUUAAAUGCAUUAUUACAAUUGAUUUUACCAAAUGAUGAAAUCAUUGAACAAAUUGGAAGAAAAGAUUUGGAAUUGGCGUUUUGCAUCUUAUUAUCUGUUUGUAAAAUGUCUAUUUCCGAUGAUCAACUUCUCCAAUUUGUAGAAUUCCUUCCCAAAUCUUUGACAAAACUUAAGUCAAUGGAUGAUCUCGCCGAAUUCGUUGCGAUCUCAUCAUUUGCAUUUACAAAGACAAAAUUAAGUUUGGUUAUUACUACAAAAUAUAUUGAUUUCAUCAAAUCUUUAUAUAAGGUUCCUGACGCAAAGAUUGUUUUAAUGUCUUUGAAGUUGACGUAUUUCUACCUGCAAAAUGAUGAAACAAAAAGCUAUUUCUUUGAUUCAGGAAGAGAGAUCUCCAUGCUGAUGAACACAGAUUGUGAUGCAGUUUCUGCAAUUGCUGCAUCUUGCAUGAUCUAUUUUUAUUCUUCUCUUUCAGGCAAGAAAUACUCAAAACCGUUAAACAGGGCCCUUAAAACUUUCCUUUCAGCCAAUCUCUCAGAAAAGAGUAAACUCAAAGUUUAUGCACUGAGAUUGUUUGGAACAAUUUCUCUGACAUACGAAGGUGCUGAUUUUCUGGAGAUUUUCAAUUAUCCAACUCAAGUCAAAGAAUUGAUAAAUUUCUUGCUUUUCAUGUCUUCAGUGCUUUUGUUGUAA